CUCGCGUAUAUUUAUACUUUCAACUUAUCUAGAGAGAAAAAAAAAACAGAUAGAAUAGAUACCGUGUUGAAUUGCAGCAGUGAUAAGUAACCAUGGCAGUGGGAAAAGUCCAUUUAGUUUGUUUCUUUGUACUUACAGUAAUUCAAUAUGUAAAAGGGGAUUAUAUAGCAGCCGUUGUCGAAUAUCAACCGAUUAUUCUGAGCUCUGUAAACGAAACUGUGGAACAAAAUUUAGCUCAAUACGUUUGGUAUAUAGAAAAAGCUAAGGAAAGUUACGUACAAAUUAUAGUUUUUCCUGAAUACGGUUUGACUGGAAUCGUUAAUGAUACAACUGGAUAUGCAAUUCAAAUUCCUAAUGUUGGUAACGACACCGAUUUCGAAAAUUAUUGGUUACAAAAACUAUCGAACGCGGCUCGUGGUAAUGGAAUAUAUGUUGUAACGAAUUUAUUAGAAAAAGUGAUAGACGAAUCCAAUAAAACAUUGUAUUAUAGUACUAACCUUGUAUUUGAUAAAAAUGGAAAAAUAGUUGCUAAAUAUCGAAAAAUAAAUCUUUCGUCUGAACCUCAAUUAACACCAGGAAAUCCUGACCAAAAUCAAACAACAUUCAUUACUGAUUUUGGUAUCACGUUUGGUGUAUUUUCCAGUCAGGACAUCUUUUUCAGUAAUCCUUCGAAAACUAUACUUUCUAAAAACGUAACUGAUGUCGUGUAUCCAACUUCUUGGUCAUCAUUUUUACCUUACUUUCAUUCAUUAACAACGCAAUCCGGAUACGCAAUUGCCAAUAGAAUAAAUCUUUUGGCGGCUGGUUUGGAUAUCCCAGAAGUAGGAAUAGGUGGUAGUGGGAUAUGGGGGGCAGAUGGUACUGCAUUUGCUUAUUACAUCUCAGGAAACGCCGGAAGUAAAUUAUUGAUAGCUACUGUUAAAAAUACUCCGGAUAUGAGAGUUUUAGGAGAAGGAACGAAAUUAAGAGGAUUCGAAAAUUUGGAUAACAACGUUGCCAAUCAUUUAGAUACAUACAACGCCAGUAGAUUCUUCGAUUAUGAUAAAUAUUCAUUCAAAACUUUAAACAUAUCUCGAUUGAAUGUUAGUAAAGAAGUUUGCCACAAGGGUUUCUGUUGCCAAUUCUCGGUUAACGUAUCUUAUGCACCUGUCAACUCAGAGGAAGUCUAUAGAAUUAUGGCUUACACCGGCCCCAUUGGAAUAUUAGGUAGUAAAAAAACCCAUAAAAUAUGUUCUUUGAUUGGUUGCGCCACUUCUGAUAUAAGUACUUGCGGUAAACACAACGUGGGACUUACCACUAAAUUUAAAAGAAUAUCAGUGAACACGAGCAUCUCGAGUGAUUCUUACUCAUUCUAUCGACCGAUAUCUCUAACUACAAACCUUGUACCGGUGUUUAAUAGUACCUUUAAUUUUGUUAUUGCAAAUCACGCGAGGAAAGUAGUUUAUUUGAAUGAUCAAGAACCGUCCGAUGUUGUCGCUUUUGGAAUAAUGGAAACUAGUAGCGCCGUUUCCAACACGUUCAAUAUCGUAUUCUUUACCUGUAUUUAUGUAUUUCAUCGUUUAUUUUUGUAAGUUUUGAAAAUGUAAAUAUUAUUAAGAUUGUAAACUCCCUCGUAUUUUUUUUGAUACAAGAUAACAAUAUUGUAACAAAUAUAUGAUAAAACUGAAA